AUGGCAACGCGCACGCAGCGCGCUCUCGAGACAAUGGGCCCUCCGCCAGGCGCGCGCAGAGUGGUGGAGGCCCCACAGGCUGAGGCCACCGUCACGCUAGAUGCUGCUAUCGCUGCACCAGAGUCCGUCGACUGUGCGACCCUUGGCGGGCGCUGCUAUCAGACAGACGCGCGCAGGGAAGCUCCGAUGGGCUGUGGGCGCGGUGGUCGCAAGUCACCACUCACCCUCUCCCGUACCCCCAGGUCUCUCCCUCCUUUUGCCCCGUUCCCUCUGCCACAGCACCCACACAGUCCCAUUGCUGCCACCCCCUCCCGCGCUGAGCCGUCUGCCCCUCGCCGCGCGCUGCAUGGGCUUAUCAUUGGCUUGAGCUCCUCAGCUUUCCGACAGCUGGCGCGAAUUGUGGCCGCGACGACACCACCCACCGCCCUCUCCAUCCCAUUGGACUUCGCCGUUUUUUCGAGCGCGGGCCAGUGA